AUGCACCAGUUAUUGUUCACAAAUCAGAAGUUAAUUGUUCCGAAGGUCCUGAGAGGUGAAAUGCUUAAAAGAAUUCAUCAAGCUCAUUUGGGAAUCGUCAAAUGUAAGCAGAGAGCACGUGAAAUACUCUUUUGGCCCGACAUAGGAAAUGAAAUCGAAGAAAUGGUUUCAAAGUGUCCAACUUGUAACGAAAACAGGAACAGUAACACCAAACAGCCCUUGACUCCUCAUGAGAUACCAGACCGGCCAUGGGCAAAGAUAGGAGUUGAUUUAUUCGAGUUCAAGAGCACUAACUAUCCUCUGUGUGUUGACUACUAUUCUAAAUUUCCAGAAGUAGGUAAGCUUCCGAGUUUAAGGAGUUCAGCAACCAUCACUGCAUUAAAGUCAAUUUUUGCCCGUCAUGGAAUACCGGAUGAGGUCGUCAGCGAUAAUGGACCACAGUUCGCAAGUUUUGAAUUCAAGAACUUUUCCGAAGUUUGGGACUUUCUUCACAUCACUUCGAGUCCUGGGUAUCCUCAGUCCAAUGGACAGCUACAAAUUCAACAAAAUGUUGUGAAAGAAUUGCGUUCUAGUCAGCAAAUCCAAAAGAAAUACUAUGACAUUGGGUCAAGAGUUCUACCGCCCCUUCGCAAAGGAGAGGUCACAAGAAUGCAAAGUAAAGGAAAGUGGGUACGAGUGACUGACAUUGAGCAACAUGAUACGGCACCACAAUCGUAUCUGGUACAGACUCAAGAUGGUCGAAUAUUCAGACGAAAUCGACGACACCUUUUAAAGACUAAUGAAAGUCAGUGUGACUCAUUUAAUGAGGACUCAGAAGAGGAUACCCACAGACAGAACACGUACCACUGCAGACAGAACAUUUACCAGUUGAAGAAGAGAAGCACGCAAAUACAGAAGGAAUCCAGAUCAUGA